AUGACUACUUCAAAAACUGCUAGCAUUGCUUUUGUUACCCCUUUUUCAAUUUCAUCAACAAAUAACUCGAAACUCAUAUCCUUAUUAUCUGAAACCAAGGUUAAUCUAGACAAACGAGAUACCACAAAUGAAGCUCCACUUCCAUUAAACUUCAGUAUACCCACCACGAGUCAAUUCGAUGCAUCGACUUUGGUAGAGUUGAACAAUACCAGGAUUUUAAGUCAAUCCUCGGAGCAGAGAAAUAAUAAGCAGCAAGUAUCCAAUACAGCUAUGGAGACUGUAGAUGAAAAUGAUGAGCCAAAGCUAUUGAUUGAUAUUGAUUCCAUCAUGCCAUCAAAUUUGCAAGAACAACUUUCAACUAUUGUUUUGAACAACUUUCCAAACUUGAAGAAUAAUGUCAUUGAACAGGUACUUUCAAAUACAAUAAAUUUGAGUACAGACAAGACGCCUGAACCUCGUCGUUCUUUUCAUUGGUCCCAAAUCGACUACGAGUUUAGCGAUCUGAAGGUGGUAUUCAUUAGAUUUGGUAAAGUUGAAGACGCAAAAUGGUUUAUUGAGACGUAUUAUCGGAUUGACACGCUCCUCCCCAAAGUGGAACUAAAUUAUAGUCAUCAAGUUCGAGAAAGAUUGGCCGAUGUACCUUCUCACCCAGAAACAAAUCAAGAAUCGCUUAAAAACAGGUUGAAAUUGAUGCUUUAUGCCUCAAAGAACUUUGCUAAGCCAAAAGUCCACGGAGUGGAAGAGCUUGACCAAGUCAUGCAGUCAUAUUCCAAUUACAAAGUCGACUAUAACGAUUUGAUUGAUGUACCUAAUGAAAUGAAGGAGGGGAUUAUUAAAGACAUUAUCAAGUUCCGAAGCCGGAUGUUGCUUAUUGAAAAGGAGAAUCGGCAAAAGCAAAUUGAACAGGAAAGAGUGGUGACCAAAAACAAGUUGAAUGAAUUGUUCAAAGGUAUUGAAAAAACAGAGCAAGAAAAGAAAAAGAAGGAAGAACAGUCGACGAGCGAAGUUGCAAUAAAGGAAGAGGUCGUGACCAUACCCGAACAAUUCGAAAGUUUGAACGAUGAGGAAUAUAGCAAGAUGAUUGAUGAAAGGGAAGCAAAUGAAUACAGUCAAGAAUAUCAAUCUCGACUAGCUAACUUUUCCAAACAUCAUGCAAGUGAAAAAUCAAAGUUGGAAUUCAAACUAGAGAAAUUACUCAAUUACGAAUCCAAUUUGAUCGAACUGAAGUUGAGCCACAUUGAAAAUAUGAGAAAUUACGAGAAAUCGGAAGUUAGCACGUUAUACACCUACCGCUACAACGAUUACUUAAAACAACGUAAUGCUAAACGAUCAUUGGAGCUAAGAAUGGAUGCUGAAGAUGCGGCUGCGGAAGAAAAAGAGCUAACUGAGAUAGAGCAAGAGCCAGAUGUACCUAUCAAGAAAAAGAAAUUAGAUGUAAAUGACAAACUGAAACUGUCAAACUUGCCUGAUUUGCAAUUCUUAACUGCCGACAUGAAAGAGCGGAUUCACGACAAGAUCAACGCAUUAGUCGAGGAGUACCUUGGGAUACAAGAUGACUUUCUCGUUGAUGUUAUCAAGCAGCAUAUUGAGGUCAACAACUUCGGUGGAAAAGCAGUAUUGGUACAGGAUCUUGUUGAAGUUUUGGAUGAGGAUGCCGGAAAUUUGGUGAACGAUUUAUACUCGUUCGCAGAGUCAAUCGUGGAAAAAUAG